UUUAGAUUUCAAAUGGAUUUUUUUCCAAUUUAUUCCAGGAAAAAGAUGCUUCUUUAUUCAUGAAAUCUGUUGCAGAGCCAUAUUGAGACGCUCUAACUUAAUGUCGUUUAUAAUGUAGAUAACAAAAUCUCACCAGAGUAAAAGUGUUUACUGAAAGUGGAAAUGCAUGAGGCCUUGGUUCUGCUCAUCCUGAUAGAGGAGGGUUUCGCACUGGCACAGAAAACUCAAGCCUUGCCUCAGAAUGUGGCUGUUGAGGAUAAGAAACCGGCUCACUGCGGUACUCUGAUCCAGACGGCAAAUGGAGGCUCAUUCAGUUCUCCGAACUACCCCAACACUUACCCACCAAACAAGGAGUGUGUGUACAUCCUGGAGGCCCAUCCACGGAAGAGAAUCCAGCUCGACUUCGAUGACAUCUACUACAUCGAGCCGUCCUUUGAGUGCCGCUUUGACAAUAUUGAAAUCCGUGAUGGGCCGUUUGUUUUCUCUCCUUUGAUUAAUCGAUACUGCGGAGCAAAGAGUCCAGGAAUUGUCACCUCCUCCGGACGCUUCAUGUGGAUCAGGUUUAUCAGCGAUGAGGAGCUGGAGGGCCUGGGCUUCAGGGUGGAGUAUUCAUAUACUGCAGAUCCUGACUUUCAUCUCCAUAUUGGGGGACUCUUGAAUCCCAUUCCAGACUGUCAGUUUGAGAUGUCUGGAUCAGAUGGUAUAAUCAGAUCUAGUCAAGUUGAGGAGGAAAACAAGGUGAAAUUAGGGGAAGCCCUGGACUGUAUUUGGACCAUACGAGCUCCACCGAUGUCUAAGAUUUAUCUCCGCUUUCUGGACUAUCAAUUGGAGAACUCAAAUGAGUGUAAGAAGAACUUUGUUGCAAUCUAUGAAGGCAGUAAUGCCAUUGAAGACCUAAAGGCCAAGUUCUGCAGCACUGUUGCCAACGACAUCACGCUUGACAACGCUGUGGGUGUGGUCAGAAUGUGGGCCGACGAGACCAGCAAACUGAGCCGCUUCCGUAUGCUCUUCACCGUCUUUGCUGAACCUCCAUGUUCGGCCAACACAUUCUUCUGUCACAGCAACAUGUGCAUCAACAACACUCUGGUUUGUAAUGGUGUUCAGAACUGUGUGUUUCCCUGGGACGAGAACAACUGCAAAGAAAAGAAGUCUAAAAGCUUCUUCCAACACAUGAGUAAAACUCACAGCACUGUGAUUGGAGUGGCGUCUGGUGUGGUCUUGCUUCUUCUCAUCAUAUCUGUAUUUAUACAGAUGAAGCAGCCGAGAAAAAAGGUUUUGAGUCGUAAGGGUUUGUUCAGCGCUGCAGAGAUGCAGGAGGUGCUGGAUCCUCCUCAGUACGAGCUCUUCUCCAUGAGGGAAGCGGAGCUGCCGGAGGAUCUGUCGGAGGAGCUGGAGAGUCUGCAGAAGCUCCGCCGCUCCUCCAGCGUGUCCCGCUGCGUCCACGAGCAUCACUGUGGAGCUCCGAGCAGCGCCGCCUCCAUCAUCAUGGCAAGCAGAGCGCAUCAUCUCUCGCGCGGCUCUGAUGACAUGAGUACGGUUGUGGGGGCCAGAGGCUGGGGCAGCUUCGACGGACGCAGGAGCGCCUUCCGCUCGCACGCUUUCACGCACGACCCACACGCUCACGCUUACAGCGCCCAGAGUCUGAGAGAGGCACUGGAAGAUGAGGAGCUCGGGCUGGAGGAACGGGUGAUGGAGGAGAUCGGAUACAAUGAUUUUAUCACCCGUGGACGUAACGUGAUGAUGGUACGUAAUCAUGCCAACCCUGUCCAACAGCGCUCCCUCUCUAUGGACUUCUGAGUGGAGCGGAAGUCAGCUGACACUUGGCUUGCCGUGUACAAAUUCAAUAAUAUAAUGCAUAGCUGUAAAUGUUUGCCUACACCUUCUUUUAUUAUUUUAUGACUUUAUUUCAACAUUUUUCUUGUCGUUGAAACCUUUGCCCUGCCUAUACUUGAUUUUAAGCCAAGUCCAGUAUUUUUUUUUAUUGGUGUUAUUCUCAUUCCUCAAAACCAGAUCAUGUAGGUCAGGACUGAAAUUAAGUGUUUAUCACACCUGCCAAUAGUGGUUAAAUAUCUCUUACUGGCCAUGGAAUGGCAUUUUGCAUAAUUUUUUGCUAAUUCAAUAUUUGGGCAUUAAUGCAUAUAUUCAUGAUGAGCAGCUCAAGAUUUUGUUACUGAUAAAUUCAUUUUGAUAGUUUAAUGCAGUGACUUACACUAGCAUUAAAAGCUUUGGGCUUUUACAUGACAUUUUUCUAUUUGAAUAUAUUUCAAAAUGCGCAGCUGAACUUACAGCAUCAUUUUUCCAGUCUUCAAUGUCACUUGAUCUUUCAGAAAUCAUUUUAAUAUGCUGAUUUGCUGCUCAAGAAACAUUUCUGAUUAUUAUCAAUGUUGAAAACAGUUGUACUGCUUAAUAUUUUUUUGUGGAAAACUGAUACAUUUUUCAUGAUUCUUUAAUUAAUCUAAAGUUUAAAAGAUGUAGUGAAAUAUAAAUAUUUUGUACCAUAAAUGUCUUUACUGUCAUCACUGACAUUUAAUUUAAUUAUGGUGUUAUUAUUGAGUUGUAGAGAUAAAACCACUGAAAAAUCAUCAGGAAUUGUUCUUGGUGAAGUAAAUGUUGUCCGAUGUCUUGUGGAUGAUUUCAUUAGUAGACAGUUUGUGUGGAGAGAUGGGAGAAAGGACUGUGGAUUGUGUCUGUUUCUUUUCCCCUCUCUUUGAACCAAUCUAAUCUGAUGUAGGUUGAUUGUGCUGUGGUGUUUGAUGAUGUGGUUGUGUUUUUAAAAGAGGUGUAAUGCUCACUGAGGUUUAUUGAGGAGAGUAUGUCAUUUCUAAAGUGCUGUUUAUGACAUAGCCUUGUGGGGAUUACCAAGAGCAUUGUCACAUGAACACAAUCGGUGAAAAUAAAUAUCAUCUUUUAACAGAAA